UGCAUCGCACUUUGAGCACAGGUGAUAGUGUGUGUGUGAGCUGUUUCAGUGUCAGAAAUGCAGGCGUGCAGGUUUUUUAGCCGAGUUGUGAACUCUACGAAGCCAAACGUGAGAUCUUUUUCCAGAACACUUGGAGCCAUGGUUAAGGUUGGAGACAAACUGCCGUCUGUAGACCUCUUUGAGGAUUCUCCAGCAAACAAGAUAAACACCGCCGAUCUGACAAAUGGCAAGAAAGUGAUCAUCUUUGGUGUGCCUGGCGCAUUUACACCUGGCUGUUCCAAGACGCAUUUGCCGGGUUAUGUCAGCUCUGCAGACUCGCUGAAGGGAGAGCAGGGCGUGGAUGAGAUUGUUUGCGUUUCGGUUAACGAUCCAUUCGUGAUGUCCGCCUGGGGUAAGCAGCAUGGAGCCGAUGGCAAGGUGCGCAUGCUGGCCGAUCCCUCCGGCGCACUUGCAACUGCUCUGGAUGUGAACAUUGAUCUGCCACCGCUGGGCGGUGUGCGCUCUAAGCGCUACUCCAUGGUCGUCCAAAAUGGCGAGGUCAAGGAGUUGAACGUGGAGCCCGAUGGCACCGGCUUGAGCUGCUCCCUGGCCAACAAUAUUGGCAAGAAGUAGACGCCUAUAACUAAUGAUAUAUAUUCUGCUACUACUACUACUACAUAUGUAUGCUUGUAGGGAUCGAAUCAUGUAAUAAUUAGUGCCGUGACCCAGUGUCAAUCAAUAUCAGAUUUUCAAUGUGUAGUGAAUAAAAAAGAUAUAAACACAA